AUUUCUCGAAACUAGCGAGCAGAAAUGGGGCGGGGACGACGUCGAAUAAUAACUCGACCAGCAGAGCUGCAAUGAGUGGGCUGAGUCUACCGAACGGAAAUUCUACUUCUUCCGCCCUCUCUGCGAGUCUCGGCGGGUCGACGUCAUCAAGUAGAGCAGGAGGGGAUAGUACAACGGGUACUAGAGGCGGCACAGGUGGACAAGAAGAUUGCAGUAAUUCGACAAGAGGAGGACAAAAUGGCUCGACGUCAGCAGGAGCAGGAGGUGCGCCAGCAGCGAUGAAUAGCACACAACAAAAUGGAGCAACUUCCUCGUCUUCAUCCUCCUCAACAGGGAACACAUCUUCCGCUGCCGACCAGCCUCUGCUCGCUCCCCGCGAACGGCGCAACAACACGGAAAAUCUGAUGAAGAGCUUCUACGGCAAGAAGGACCAAGUGCUGAAAAAAAGAAACUUCUACGCCUUUCAGCGAUCGUUGCUGGAAGAACAAGCGUGCGGGGCGGAAGAAGAUUUCAGUAUGCCGAUGACAGCCAGGGGAGGACGGACAGGAGGUAGUGAAAUAAGGAGUUGUGGACUGAUUGAUGUGGAGGUUCAUUUCGGUGUAUACAACGUCGACGAGUAAUGCUAAUGUUCUUGCUGUGCUCCUUUGAGUUGUUCUUGUGAUCUAAUACUUUGGUUCUUGUUCGUUGAUUUUCUCCUCGGAUCACGUGGCCCCCUAGCAGCAGAUGCCAGUAUUGCUACUGUGCGACUAAAGUAGCGAUCAUGGCUUUCUGCGCAGUACUAGAGAAAGCCAUACAUCACUGAUUCUAGUUCUACUUCUUCGUCUUCAAAACCCACAUGAAUAAGGAGUAACCUUAUCAGGUCCCCUCGCCUCCGACCUUCUGCAAACCGGCGGCCCAGGAUCUCGCUGCCCCACUCCGUAUUACAAGCAAAAGUGUUAACGUUAACGGUUUUCACAGAUUACAGUCAUGCAUCACAAAUGUAGCCCAAUAUGCAUGCUACGCAUUACAAAUUUUGGCAUGUUUUGUGAUGCCCUGCUGCAUCACAAAUUCCGUUAACACUUUUUGGUGUGAUACUCCGCGGCAGCACAGCAUCCACCGAAAAGAAAACCGGUACGAUACGCCGUCGAAGCAGAGGAUUGAUUCCGAGUCUUUUUAUGCAUUGCAAAUAUGUCUGGGUCUGGAAACUUGUGAUGCAAAUCUACGAAUUGUGGGCGCACUGCAAUAUCCAGCCCAGCAUGACAAGUUUUUGCGCUGCUGUGUGUUUCGUUUUGCGCGUGACAAUCUGCGUUUUUGCAUGAUAGGCAAUCGGCCCGCCUUUUCCUGCUCAUGCAUCACGACAGAUCUAAAAGUCAUGCCAGACAGGCAUGACAAACUUGCAUUCUUCCAGACCCAGACAUUUUUGCACUUGAUACUUUUCUCAACACACCGAUGAUGUCCGCGAGGGGCGGGAGGAGGAACAGUUUGACCACAAGAAACCCGAGGUAGCGGGUCGUGCCGACCGCAGUUCGCGGUAUCUCGACGGUUGUAGUUUAAACUACAGGGUGAGACUGGAAUAGGAAAUGGUCGAACAAACGAUUUUUGGAACACUUUUUCAAUUCUGAUCUGAUUCAGCGGCAAGGCGCGCACUCGAGAUUAUGAAUUCAAAGCGUCUUCUACUACACUUCUUUAUCCUCUGGGUGGUAUUGAGUUGAUCUAAAGUUGCUGUACGCACAGACAGUUUUACGUUGCAAUUUCAAUUUUGCUUGGAGUAGAAAGUUUACACAUUUUCGACGGUGAACUCAGGAUCUAUCCAUUUCUUCAAAUUUCCAUGUGGAAACGUACAAAAUGCAUGCACAUCACAUGAAAGCUAGAGGGGAGCUCACUCAAAUUCAUUGGGGCUACGCGCAGUUUUGGUGCGACUUUCUUUCAUCGUGGUUUUCAUACAAUCAAUAUCAACGAAAAGAUUUUCAACGAAAAGAUUUUCAACGAAAAGACAUAGUUGCAGUUCUUUUCUGCACAACAUCAAAGUCAAUUACUUGUUGACGUCAAAAAUAUGAAGCCGCAGAAGCUGAUCCAGAAGGAAUGGU